ACACACAGGGGACCUUGUCUGAAGUGUCUUCAACUGUCUUACAGUCAUCUCUUGGGGGUUGACGAUUUUAUGGCUGGCAAUAUCGCCAAUACUGCCCAGGCUGGCCUGCUAUCCCAGCAGUACCCACCACCUUUGCCUCCCAAACCUGGGAAAGAAAAUGUCCGGCUCCAGAAACUACUCAAGAAGACAGCCAAGAAAAAAGCUGCUGUCCAGGCCUUACAACCAUCGGUCCCCUUCCGCUCAAGCCUCUCUCCAGUAAAUGAAGCAAGCCCUGACCUGGAGCACAGUGAUCACUCAACUCCUCCUAAAACUCCAGAGGCACCUUUCUAUAUUGGCACGGUACAUCCGCGCUUUAACGUCCGACCACUGUAUCAGCAUGUUGCGUCCCCUUAUCCUCAUCACAGAGGAUUCACAUAUGGCAAGACAACAAGGUUUUCACCACAACCAUAUGUGGCUCUGGGCCACAACACUCCCCAACACCUAGCUCCAGCAUUUCCAUACACAGCCUCACCAAUACCAGGACUUGCCACACAUGCUACGGCUCCAAUUACUAUUCUGCAUACUGCACAAAGAGCGGAAGUCAGCUCAACUCUUACCACCCAUGUAAUUACCUCUAAAACUCCAAGCCCUCAGCCAACUGUUUUGAAGGUUUCUAGAACAACAAAACCAUUGUUUGAAGUUCCUCAGAUCACCAAUUAUACGGCAAAGUCAGCAGGUUUGAUAACACCUUAUGCAUCACCAACAAGGAGUAAAACACCUACUGCAGAGUUAAUGAGAGGCCCAACACCAACAUUUGAGGUUAGAAAGAUAGUGACACCAACAGCGGAAAUAAGAGACAGAACACCGACCAGAGAGAUCAGAAGAGUUGCAACACCGACGCUUGAAAUCAAGAGGAUUACCCCAACUUCAGAAAUUAAGAAAACCCAAACUCCAACUUCUGAAAUCAAGAAAGAGACAAUUACAUCUUCUGAAAUGAAGAGGGUCAGUACUCCUGCUAAGAAAGAGACAAUUCCAUCUUCUGAAAUUAAGAGGGUCAGUACUCCUGCUUCAGAGAUUAAACAAAAUGCAACACCGACACUCGAGACAAAACAAGGUACAACUCCAACACUCGAGAUAAAGGGGGUUGCAAUACCAACUAGAGUAAAAACACCAACAUAUGACUUAACCUCAACAAAAACAUAUUCAGGGCGACCCAAGACACCCUCGGGUAAUGUGUCACGUGUUAGAGUAUCUGUGAUUGAGAUUUCAAGACCAAAUCCACUUUUAUUUGCUGUUUCUCCUGUGCACAUGGAGGGCAGAAGAUCCAAAACGCCAACUUCAAGCUUGGCUGGUCCACAUGAUGAAAUUCAUAAAAUUUCAAAUCAGGUGAAUAACACCAAUCAUUCAGGAAUAUUCCAAAAUGGGGACAUAGAUGUCAAAUCAACUGAACUCUUAAAAGAAAAACUAGAUAUGGCCACUUCAGAAAACCUAUCAAAAGUCGAGUCAUCAAAGCCAAAGACUCAAAUACAAGAAAGCCCAAAACUUAAUGCAAAUCAACACCCAAAGCCUGAAACCCCAACAGCACCCAAUGUUGAACUCGCACAGCCUGGUUUGUCUUCAGUUGGCUAUCAAAGACCGUUAUUUAGAGUCCCUCCAUUUGCUGGUCAAAGACCCAAAACACCAACAACACCUAAAUCCCAACCAACAUAUUAUGGAUUGACUCCCGCUGAAUAUGUUGCCCAUGGAGGAAUAAAGAGUUACUCGCCAAGUUUUAGCAUUUCUACACCAACUUUACUACCAAGUGUAGAGGCAACUCAUCUUCCAAAACAGGAACCGGUAGUACCUCAACCUGAUGAAACUGUGACCAUAACAAAUGACAAGUCUGAGGUAAAACCUAAAGAGCUAGGUAAAGUCCAGCCACCUCAGACUGUUGUUGUUAAAGAUGAAACCGCUGUGGUAGCUCCACCUCCAGAAUUUCCAAAGGCAGCAUCUAAACCAGAAGCUAUCUCUGUAGAGGAUGUUCCCAAGCAACCUUUGCCAAAAAUUCCUGAUGUUAAAAUUCCAACUAUUGUGGUGUCUGUAGCUGACACACCACAAUCAGAAGCAAAAGCAGAGGCUAUAAGUACUGUGACGCCAAGAGUCAGAACUCCAACCUAUGGAUCUCCCAGACUUUCCCAAAUGACACCAACCCCUCCAACUGUGCAGGAAACUCCGAAACCUGAAAGUAAGGCUGUACCAUUGCGUGACCUAGACACAGGAAAGCCAGCACUUCCAAAGCUGUCGAAAGGUAAAGUUAAUGCUGAAACAACCAAAGUGCAAGAGAAGCCAACUGAGGCAAAAAUAUAUUUGUUAGAGAGAAUUAAGAAGCAGAAUCUUGCAUCUGGUUCUUCUGAAAAACCUCCUGAAAAUGGAGAGGUUAAAGAUGUGGUUAAGCCUCUGGCUGAACCAAAAGAAGACCAAAAGCACCUUGAAACAAAGGACACUGAACAUGUAAAGGUUGAAAGAGGAGAGACAAAAGCUAGUCCCCAACAAGUGAUCAAGCCUACAGUGGAAAAAAAGGAGGAGGGUGAAGGCUCUUCCCUAUCUGCAGAACCUCUCUUGAAGGUGAUGCAGAAACCAAAAGGCAUGAAGUCAAAACUCAGUGGCUGGUCUCGCCUUAAAAAACACAUGGUGGUCGAAGCAGAGGAACCCAAGUUUCCAGAGGUGGAGCCUGGGUCAAAGAAAGAUGUCCAUGCCAGCGCUGAUCAAAAUACAAUUGAAAUGCAAAAUAAGUCUGAAGAUGAAGAUAAGCUUAGUGAGAGCCAGGACAGUAAAGACUCCCCUAGGGCAGCAAAGAUGUGGGAUGCUGUCCUCUUCCAAAUGUUCUCCACCAAAGAGAACAUAAUACAACAAAUUGAAUCCAAUAAAACUGAGGAGCAAAAGAAGAUGGAGGCAGAACAGAAGAUGGCAAAAGAGAUUCCCUCAUUUGCGCAGCGUUUGCCAGUUCUCCUGUACAGCCCGCGGUUUGAUGCUAGAAGACUAAGAGAAGCAGCUUCUCGACCAGCAACAAAGAUUGCAACAGUUUUUGAAAUGGGACUUAUAGGCCGCAAAAAUAAAGACGAAGAACCAAAAGACUUUAAUAGAACAGCCAAAGGCUUCAGUACUUAUUAAACCACUGACAUCUAACUGGAUAACAUAUAAAUAAUAGGCAAGGAUGUUGUUAGCUGUCAUUGCAAUUGUAGAGUUCUGUUUAUUAUCUCACACAACUCUUUCCCUAAAACUUUGUUUUAUAACUUUAUAACAGGUCAGUUUGUAAUUAAACUAAAUGACUCUGUCAAAUGGACAAUAACCAGUUUGCAGUACUAAAGUAAUUGCCCACUUGUCAGUUGGCAUUAGCCAUUUAAGUUAAUAAGAAUAA